AGCGUCGACGCUGACCUCUAGCGGUUAGUCAGAGCAUUGCAUGAGCAGUACACUCAUGAAAUCAUUACAUUUACUGCACUUAAUUGAUGUGUGUACGUGUGUUUUGUGUACAAAUAUGCCGUUUGAAGUUAGGUCUGGCUUAAUAAGGAACAGCUUUCAUAAUCUCAUCAAAUAUGAUCAGAGCAUGUAUGAAGACGUUGAAAAUGUACGACGCAUUUACGCUGGUUUACUGGGCCGUCUCAAUCUUGUAAAACACAUUGUUGACAGAUUCACAAUGUUAGUGUAGAUUUGUGUCUAAGGAAUCUUCAGCCGAAAUCUGUUUAUUUUAUAAAUAGUAAGACCAGAGGGAUUUUCUAAAAAUAGAAUCGAACUAUUCCAGAAAAGAACAUUGAAGGUUAAGAAUAUGCAGCAUUUUGUAAACAAUGUGGGAAAAUGUGUGAGCAUCAUGGGAAUAUUUCCAAGCGCUCUCAUGUCCAGAGCCAGGGUUAAUUGUGUAAUAUAGUUUUUUUUAAGUCUCAGACGAAAUGAAGCAUGGAUGCUAAUGAAUGCAGGCUUUGUGUUUAUCUUGUUGAAAGAGAUGCUGCACACAUUAUCACAUUUUCAACUUUAUUUUGUGCAAACACUUUUAACGAGUUUCCAAAUGGAUCUUGUGUUCUGGAUUCUUUGGAUUCGGCACAAAAACACUCUGUUUUGUUGGGAUGUGGCCUGGAUGAUUAAAGACCCCAAACUGUCAAAGUUGAAUGAAGUUAGGGGGCCACGGGGGCGAUGAGGUAGCAGAGUUUCUGUGGAAACAAAUCCACACAGUCACAUGGCUUCAUACUAAUGAAUAUUCUCACCAGCUCCUUCCAGACCGACCAGUUUGCUGGACACUUUUGGCCUAUGCCAUCAUCAGCAUGAGCUUAACAGGGAUUGAUCUGUCUUUUAACGGGACCACCUUACUGAAAUCAAAUGACACAGAAUCACAGGCUGCUCUCUAUGAAGUCAAGGUGUUCAAUAUCACGCUUUCUUCAGUGGCUCUGUGCAUCCUGACAGUGACAGGAAUCCUCAGCUGUAUCUCGUACAGAAGACACAGAAGGAAGUGUAAGCGUGCACACGUCUAUGAGAGCGCCGUGGCCUGCGAGGUUCCUGAAGAGCCGCUGGGUGUUAUGUGCGUGAGGAAAACCCAUAGUUGUUGUGACCCGCUCGCUCUGUUCAGAAGACAGGAGAAGCUGAAGGACAACUCCCGCAUCCACUACAUCUACACCAACCCUCUGCCUGUGGGACACGAGGAAGACAGGAUCCCCCCUCACACAGUGUCUAUACACACCCCUCUCCCACUUCAGGACUACACCAACGCCCCCAACAGCGGCAUCGUCCUAGCCCCGCCCCUUUUUUACAUGCAGCUGUAGAAAGGUAGUAUUCCAGGAACAGGUAGUAUUUUCUCACCAUCAUGUGAUACGACACAAAAAGAGACGUUUAGCAGAAUGUCCGUGCUGCUCUUUUUCUUAAAAUGUUAAUGAAUGGU